AUUGACAUUUUAGGUUCAUCAGUGGACUUACAUGAAGCCAGAUCCUUUCUAGGCACACUUGAGGACAUGUGCAAAUUUCAGAUUUUCCUUCGAGGUACUGCGGGACGCAAAAUCCUGUUGUAUUGGAUAGAUGCCGAACGAUACCGUUGUGUAACCAAGAAAGAGCAUAGGAGAUUCGCAUACCGAGAAAUUCAGGCCAAAUACUUACAGAGUGGAUCUCCCAGGGAACUGCCGGAGAGUUUAAAAUUCGUGAACAUUUGCGGCCCAAUAACGUCCUUCAAGUUCUCGAAGAGAGGAACAGAACGAAUGCAUUCCUCGGGGCUCUCGAUAUUCUCAGAGAACAUUUUCAUCCCAGGGCAGAAGAUGGCUUUACAGCGGCUAAGCAGUUACUGGCUGCCCAAGUUCAUUCAGCAUAAGAAAAUUAUCAGAAAACUCAUCGCCGAAAAACGAGGAGCUCAAUUGGAGUUCAGUACGGAAACUAGACGUAUUUCACCGGUUCCAGAGCUAGGGGAGGACAAUCCAGUUUCCAGAACCAGUUCUGAGCAAGAAAUGGAUGAUUUCAUGGAAGCUCAGUGCGUGUCGUCCACGGAGAGCGUGGCUGAUGAAGAAAUCCGCGCGCAGAAACUCGAAGAAUGGAAAAGGUGGUUCUGGGAAGGAAUAGACAGUCGCGCCGGAAGUGAAACCAAGAUUGAACCGCCAGAUGAUAUGCCGCUGGAACUACGGCAGCUAGGCGGGGUAAGUACUGGGAACUACUCAAAUUUUAAAAUGUGUCCAAUUAAUAUCGAGCUCGUUGACAUAAGAGGAGAAGAUGACACCACAUCAGCGCCACCAUCGAGCCCAGUCCUCUCCGAGAAAGAGGGCGGUUCCCUGAACGCCAUAUCGGAGGGAGAAGAAGAUGAACAUUUUUCAGGCGAUACAGAUGCCGAAAGUCUGGAAGAGACUAAAAGUAAAUCUUUUUCUCACCCUGCAAGACAUCGUCUCGUCACAACAAAGGAGAGGUCCAGCUCUGAGCCAGCGCUGCCCACUGACUUGGAUUGGGGCACAAGAUUAACUAAAGUGGAAACGACUGCAAAGGAAAGUGAUUCAUCAGAAGCCGAGAAAGCUUUCGAUCCUCCCAGGGUCCAUCCUCCUUUCGCGCAAAUCCCAGCAUCAGCACCGACGAAACUUAAGACCCUGUACGAGGCAUUAGCCUCACAUCAGAGCAUUAUUAGUGAAGAACAAGACGAGGAGCUUUAUGGAUCAUCGUCUGGGAGCCCCUCCCCAAGAAGUUUGUUAUCAGCAUCACCUCCACCAACUGUUAUUAUGGCUUUGAGACGAGCGUCUGCCUCCCAUGUGAUCCCACUUGAAGACAUUGCACACGAAAUAACAUCGGUUAUUUGUGAGCCCCGUGCUGUAUUUCCUAGCCAAUCGUCUCACUGGGAACAGUUUGUCCUCCCCGUGAGUGACAAUGGCUGGCAAGAUAUCAAUCUCAUCACAGGCUACAACCUGCCAAUAAAGCGUACACAGAGUGAGAGAAAGAAAUCGAUAUUACAAAACGCUAAUUUUUUUCCUGUUUUCGAUUUCGUCUAUGCAGACAUAACCACUGAAGUAGUAGCGUUGACUUCAGAUAAACUGGCCGGCGGUCCUCUCCGGGAGUACUUAGAGAAAACACAGGAACAUGUGGCGCUUAGGAGCCUUCAAUUCUGGGAAGAUGCUCAGCGGUAUCUCUCACCUCCAGAUUAUUUUAGCAGCUACAGCAAAUAUCACUCGGCCAAGACACUUGUUGCUACCUAUAUCGCCCCAGACUCCCCACGGGAAAUGGCCAUGAGCCCGCAGGUUAGAGCUGAUUUAAUGCGGCUUCUCCCAGAAGAACGUGGAGACCAUUUGUUAUCUACCGUGGUAAAAACAUCCAUACAGGUAAACGGUUAUAGACAAGCGGUGGCUUUACCCUGGUCUGAAUUUACUCGUUCUGAUGAGGACCAUUUUGUCAAUUGUGUGGGUAUUCGAAGGAAGAGCACGAAAAAACAGGAUAUCAAAGAUGAUAAGAAAACUGAAAGUCCCAUCCCUGUUCCAACGUGGCGGGCGUUUAGACUUGCUGUAGGACUUGGCUUGUCUGGAUUUUCCUUAGGUCAAGACGACGAGGACAAAGAUGAACGAGAGGCGUACGAAGACAACAUUAGGAUUCCGAGCUUGAAAGAGAAAGAACAGGAGAGCCUUGAUCUGCGCGGAAGGCGCGCCUCUCAUUUUUACGGUCACCUGACCAAACGAGGCGAUGACUCGUUAGAUGGAAAUAAGGGGAAUAUGGAAACAAGAAUUAGGCCCCCAAAACCACGUUGUGAUAUUACAGUUAGUUCUGUGACCAGUUCAUCACUAGAGGAACAUGACCCAGCCCCUUUAACCCUACCGCGUUUUUCUUUCAGAGGCUUUAACGAUGUCCUACACGAUGCACUUCAUCUUCAGUGGUUUAAGCAAUUCCUAUCCGAGAAGAACUCUGAAGCUCCUUUGCUGUUCUGGCAGGCGGUUGAAAGUAUGAAGACCAACUGCAAGGAUGGUAAAUCCCGGCAAGCCAGGGCAAUGAUUAUCACUAGGAAGUAUUUCAUCAAUAUUCCUUCACCAGCAGCUGAAUACUUACACUGCAAAGCUGAAAUCAUCAAAGACAUUCCACUUCUGGAAAAGACCACCCCUCCAUUGCUUGUCUCUGCCCAGGCCUGCGUAGCACGCUCCAUGGAGGAAAACUGGUAUUCUGAAUAUGUAGAUACGUUCCCCGAGGAUGAAAGUGAACGUGAGAACUUUUCAAAGUACGCCACAAGAAACACUCUGGCGGGUGUCUACAGGAUGGCUGCCCAUGGGAAAACGAAAGGUUUAUGGGCAAUGUUCGCUCACAACAUAAUGUGCUUCCAACGAGGGAUCCACAAUCCUGACUCAAUGGGCGAGUUUAAACAAUUCCUGAUAAAGGAGCUCAAGGCAACUGUGGAACAAAAUUUGCGACGUCAUUCUGUACACCCCACACGGCGCAUGAUCAAUAACCAGUUCGUGAACAUUGACCGCUUGAUCAGUGACCUGGAGUUCUGGAUGGAAGUUGAACGCUUCAAAGACCAAGCUGACUGCGCCAUCCAGAGCGCGAAGUCUGGGAACUACACGCUGGAAGACGAGAAUUUACUUCUGGACAAAGCUAAGACCAUCGUCAAGUGCUUCAUAGACUCAGAUGUCCCCCCUAGAGUUCAGAUCAACACGCCGAAUGACCUGGCAGAGAACAUUGUAGGUUUGGUUUCCAAUGGGAUCGUGGAAAGAGGCUUGUUUCAUGAAGCCGCCUUGGCAGUCUUCACUCCUUUGAUGUUUUUCUGGAAAAAGGUUAUCCCCUAUACAGAGCGGGGACGGGAUCGAGAGUUCAGGACUGGGAAGGAACUCCCAUUUAAAAAAGGACGAGGAUGCUCUUCGCAAAUUUUGAAAAAAUCCCUUAGAGCUAUGCGCUGUUACUCUAGGUUCUCGGCAGAAAAGUUGUCUAAACCGCCGGAUGAACCAAAGCCUGCUAGUCCAGUCAAAAGAAGUAGUUCAAAGAAACGAGUCAUGUCUAUGGUCGGUGGAAUGCCUUACAGGAAACUUUACAUGCUCCAAGAAGACGAAAUGCUCUGGUCGUUCUCCCUCAGUCAUGGUCUUCGCCUCACGAUACCUCCAAGGUUCAUGAUAGCCAAGCGUGUUGCUACACGCCAUUCGGAGCAUCGGUCAUCUGCCACUUCAAUGCCUCGACCUGCGCAGUAAUGAAGAUGUCAUCAUUGACCAGGUUAUCCUGUAAAUAUCGUCCAGAUUUUACAUGUCUUUAAAAAACAUUGUGCGUUUGUUGCUAUCCGGCGGUUACGUCGCUUUCGCAUUGGAAGCUACUCUAUGAGUUAAUAUAGAAAUAAAACAUUUCUGAUACGAAACUGCAGCUAUCUACGAUUGUAUCAACUUUAUUUCUCGCUACAUGCUUAGUAUUGUUAUCUUUGCCACCUUACCCUAAACUGUUUGGAAGAUUCUUUUCUUCAUGUCAGUACACGAAGGAUACACGUCUCCAGAGCCACCCGUCUAUCUCAGCCGGCGGGGCCUUGGCACGAGAAAAAGGUGACUCCG